GUCUCACUGCACUCGCCCACGUGUUUUAUCUUUUCUGAACUUCAGAAGAAGAGAACCACCACACACACACACACACAACACACUUCCUUCCUCAGGACUUUUGACAAAUUCUCUCUGAGUCUCUAUCAAUGGGGAGAAGCCCUUGUUGUUCCAAAGAGGGUUUGAACAGAGGAGCCUGGACUGCUCUUGAAGAUAAAAUCCUUACAGAUUACAUUAAAAUCCAUGGUGAAGGGAAAUGGAGAAACCUUCCCAAGAAAGCAGGUCUCAAGAGAUGUGGAAAGAGCUGCAGGCUUCGGUGGUUGAAUUAUCUAAGACCAGAUAUCAAGAGGGGGAACAUAACCCAUGAUGAAGAGGAGCUCAUCAUCAGACUUCACAAGCUCUUGGGGAACAGAUGGUCACUAAUAGCCGGGAGGCUUCCAGGGCGAACAGACAAUGAAAUCAAGAACUACUGGAAUACCACUUUAGGAAAGAAAGUGCAGGGUGGCCAAACAUCCACCAAUUUGUCUCCUAACUCCCAAAUCAACAACUCUAAAGACAAGAAGAAGAAGCCAGCCAUGGAGGCAUCACCACCACCACCACCACUUUCUUCUCCAAAGAUGGAGUCAAGAGUGGUCAGGACUAAGGCAUUGAGGUGUACCAAGGUAUUCCUAACACCACCACCUGAUCAACAACCUGUAGACACCCAUCCUCAAGAAGGAGAUAAUGUGUGCCACAAUCAUAAUCAUCAAGUAGGAUCAUCAGAAUCAUCUCUCUUAUUCACUUCCAGUCAUGGAGAUCAUCAUCAAGAAGAUAUCCUGGAUGUAAAUGUAGGAGAAUUCUGCUUAUCUGAUCUUCUACUUGAUUCUGAUCACUUGGAGCAACUCUGCUGUUUCGACGAUGGGAAUGGUAUAGGAGGAGGAGGAGGAGGAGGAUCACAUGGUUGCAACAACAGUGACAAGGACUUCUCUCCAUGUUCAGAUGAACCUCUACUACUGAACCCAGAUGGUGAAAUGCUGGAGGAUUGGACUGGAAACGAUUGUGUUCAACCAGAUGUUGCUUCUGAUCUACGGUCCCUGGCCUCUUUUCUGGAUGCUGAUGACCAGUGGUUGGGAGAACAAUGACUAAUAAUAUAUUAACAAAAGUUUAAUUAUUAGUCUUCUUUCUUCAACUACUGUCCCAACUCCCAAGGAUAGGAGGACGAAUAGCUGAAGUUGAAGCCGAAGACCCAACAGUGUUAUGUGACGAUGACUAUGUCUUGUGUCUAGACUCUAGAGUAGUGGUUCUGUGAGUACUGUGUUAGUAAUAAAUUGAUCCCUCUGUGUCGUAUGGGACUAAUUACCAUGUGAACAUACGGUUUUCUUGUGUAAUAUGAAAAAGGUUUUUUUUUCCUGAAAUAAUAUGAAAAAAAGUUCAGCCA